AUGUCUGAACGUACACCACUUAUCGGAUCGGACCAUGAGAACCAAAGCUAUGGCUGUUCUCCUCGUGAUGUAUCUGAGACCUCUGAGCAGGAUGGAGAAGUAGCAAUAAUUUGCAAAGAGCUCUCCUUCGCAAGACUCGCUAUGAUCAUGAGCACAGCCUGGCUUGGUGUUUUUCUCGGAGCAGCCGAUACGACCGUUAUCGCUACCCUGUCUGCUCAGAUCUCCAGCGAGUUCAAUUCUCUAAGUCUCCUGUCCUGGCUUGCUACGGCAUAUCUGAUAGCCAAUGCUGCCAGUCAGCCAAUCUCAGGCCGCCUCACUGACAUUUUUGGUCGCGGACCUGGUUUGGCAUUUAGUAACAUUGCCUUUGCAGUGGGGAACCUUAUAUGCGGCCUUGCUACUAGCCAGAAGAUAAUGAUACUGGGAAGAGUCAUUUCUGGCAUCGGUGGUGGGGGUCUUAUGAGUAUACCAACCUUCCUAGGCUCAGAUCUCGUCCCUCUUCGGAAGCGUGGAUUGGUAGGAGGUAUUGCCAAUAUCUGGUAUGCUUCCGGCGCUAUGGUCGGUGCUGUAUUUGGUGGCUUCUUAAAUGACUAUACCAGCUGGGGAUGGAGAAUGGCUUUUCUCAUUCAAGUACUUCCUUCUCUCCUCUCAGCUAUCAUCGUGUACAGCCUGAUCAAAGUUCCACCCAAACAGUCUGACAAGUCGUACGUCAAGCGUAUCGACUUUGGUGGCGUCUUUUUAGUUUCCUCUUUCCUGGCAGCCCUCGUGUUAGGCCUGAGCUCUGGAGGAAACAUAGUCCCGUGGUUGCAUCCUUUGCCCAUAGCAGCCAUUUCGCUCUCGAUAUUAUUAUUCUUAGCCUUUGUCAUCUGGGAACUUAGAGCUUCUCAGCCGAUUAUCCCUGUCCGGCUUCUUCUCAACCCGACAGUACUCGCUUCUUGCCUAGCUAGCGUCUUUUGCUCCGCCAUUGCUCUGACCAGCAUCUUUUACGUCCCUCUCUACCUUCAGGCCCGUGGCGAUUCCGCCACUAACGCGGGUUUGAAGAUAUUGCCGGCAUCAGUUGGCACAUGUCUCGGAGGACUCGUGCCCGGAUACCUCAUGAAGAAGACGGGCAAGUAUGUAGGACUGGUGGUGAGCAGCAUUCUUCUUCUGGUCGCAGGCACUGGUAUAUUCGCAUUUCAGAAUGAGACCACUCCAGCUUGGACGACUUGCCUAGCCUUCUUCAUCGUUGGUCUCGGUUACAAUGCCGUCUUUAGCAUCACACAGGUCGCUUGCGUAGCGGCAGUAGGGCAUGCACAACAGGCCGUUGUCACAUCCACCACUUACCUUGCACGAAGCUUGGGCGGUACCAUUGGAAUAACACUAGCCUCCGUCUUAUACCAAUCAAGCCUAGACAUGAGCUUGCAGGCACGGUUCGGCCAUCAGCCAAAUGCGGCCGAAGAAAUUCGACGUAUAAAGGAUGACCUGACCGAGAUUCGUCGUCUGCCGGAGGACUGGUACAGUGGAGUGAUAGAGUCACUCAUGCAAGCUUUUGGACAUGUUUGGUUGAUGAUGCUGGCUUGGGCAGUCCUAGCCUUGAUCUCUAUCUCGCCAAUCAAGCAACACAAACUUUUCAGUAUGUUGGAUAGAAAAUGA